CCUCCAGCGGCUGUGAGGUACUUUGGGACUUGCUGACAGGGUAAGAGGUGCGACAGAAGUACAAGUCCGGAACAGCGCCCGGCUUUUUAUCUCUCAGCAUCCAUCAGUAUGUUUAAAUGAAACCUGAACCGCCCGCAGAGAAGCCGGACUCUGAGGGGGCUGACGGGACGAAGAGAGAAACACGCGGCGAAUUCGCCACCAGGGGCGACAUGUCAAGACAGGACAGCUCGCAGCGAUCAAGGUUAUGGAUGUCACUGGGGAUGAAGAGGAAGAGAUCAAACAGGAAAUUAAUAUGCUCAAGAAGUAUUCACACCAUCGAAACAUCGCCACCUAUUAUGGAGCCUUCAUAAAAAAGAAUCCCCCUGGAGUUGAUGAUCAGCUUUGGUUGGUCAUGGAAUUCUGCGGCGCUGGCUCUGUCACAGAUUUGAUCAAGAACACUAAAGGGAACACGUUGAAGGAGGAAUGGAUCGCCUACAUCUGCAGGGAGAUAUUGCGGGGCCUAACUCACCUUCAUCAGCACAAGGUCAUUCACCGUGAUAUCAAGGGCCAGAAUGUCCUGUUGACAGAGAACGCUGAAGUCAAGCUGGUUGACUUUGGAGUGAGCGCUCAGCUUGAUCGUACAGUAGGGAGGAGGAACACAUUCAUUGGCACGCCAUACUGGAUGGCACCUGAAGUGAUAGCUUGUGAUGAGAAUCCAGAUGCCACGUAUGAUUUCAAGAGUGAUUUGUGGUCUUUGGGGAUCACGGCAAUGGAAAUGGCAGAAGGAGCUCCACCCCUGUGUGACAUGCACCCUAUGAGGGCACUGUUUCUUAUCCCGCGGAACCCACCACCUCGACUAAAGUCCAAGAAAUGGUCAAAGAAAUUUGUGUCUUUCAUCGAGGGCUGCUUGGUGAAGAAUCAUGGGCAGAGGCCAGCUACAGAUCAGCUGCUGAAGCACCCUUUCAUCAGAGACCAACUCAACGAGAGGCAAGUCCGAAUCCAACUCAAGGACCACAUUGAUCGGACCAAGAAGAAGAGGGGUGAGAAAGAUGAGACAGAAUACGAAUACAGUGGGAGUGAGGAAGAGGAGGAGGACCAUGAAUUUGGAGAACCAAGCUCCAUCGUGAACCUGCCCGGAGAGUCCACCCUUCGUCGAGACUUCCUGCGGCUGCAAUUGGCCAACAAGGAAAGGUCAGAGGCCUUCAAAAGGCAACAACUCCAGGAGCAGCAGCAGCGGGAGAACGAGGAGCACAAGCGCCAACUGCUGGCCGAACGGCAGAAGCGCAUUGAGGAGCAGAAGGAGCAGCGGCGGAGAUUGGAGGAGCAACAAAGGAGAGACCGGGAGCACCGCAAGCAGCAGGAGAGGGAGCAGAGGAGGCGAUAUGAGGAGGUGGAGAGGCUGAAACGAGAGGAGGAGAGACGUCUGGCUGAGCGGGAGCAGGAGUACAUAAGGCGACAGUUAGAGGAAGAACAGAGGCAGUUAGAGAUCUUGCAACAACAACUUCUGCAGGAGCAGGCACUCCUACUGGAAUACAAGCGGAAGCAACUAGAGGAACAGCGUCAGGCAGAGCGACUACAACGGCAGCUACAGCAGGAACGAGCUUACCUGGUGUCUCUCCAGCAGCAGCAACAGCUGGAACCAAGGGCUGGUGAGAAGAAGCCACUUUACCACUACAAGGACAGUAUGAACCCAACUGAGAAGCCAGCCUGGGCCAAAGAGGUACAGAAACGAUCGCUCAGUAAUUCUCCCCGACGCCCGUCCAAACAGGAACUGCCUUCCACUAAGUGGCCAUCGUCAAAUGACAUCUCCGAUCAGCGUCCCGCUCGUCAAUCGGUUCACCAGCCGAAUUCCGACCAGCGUCUCCGGGCUCCCAGAUUCCUUCCCUCCGCCCUGAUCAAUGGACGAGGCUCACACCAAGCAACGGCUGUGCAGGACUCCAAUCAACCUUUGGCUGGACCAGCCCACCCCCAUACCCGAGCGGAAGACAAGCAGAAGUCACGAUCCCCCAGAGCCCCCCUGAAGGACCAGGCCAGGCAGACACAAUCGCGGGGACGCUUACUGGCCAAACAACAUCUGCCCCAGGAGCUGGCCUUUGAGUUUGGACCUAACGGAGUGGUGAAAAAGAAUGUGGAGGAACGCUCCAAAUUAAACCGUCAGAGCUCACCAGCGAUGCCACAUAAGUUGGGGAACAGGAUGUCUGAUCCAAGCAUGCCACCUCGCUCCGAAUCAUUCAGCAACAAUGCAGUGCAAGCUGCACGGACACCACCAAUGCAUAGACCUGUAGAGCCCCAGGUCCAAGUAGCUCACCUGGUUCCUCUGAAACCCCACGGCACUUCCAUGACGGGCUCCCAGUCCCUUCACGAGCAGCCAACUAAGAGUAUGUCCAGCGCUUUCCAUUCACAAGAGGGGCUAAUGUCACAUCGUGCCGAAAUACCACGGCAGAACUCCGACCCCACGUCAGAAACCCCGCCCCUCCCUCCCCGCAUUGGGUCAAGAGAAGAAAAGUAUGGGGGCAGCGCCUGGCACAGGCAAGAGGAGGACACCCCACCCAAGGUCCCUCAAAGGACGACAUCCAUCUCCCCAGCACCUGGGCGCAAGAAUUCUCCAGGAAACAGCAGCGGAUUGGCUAAUCGACCCAGUGCCCAACUAAUAAGAGCAAGUAAUCCUGACCUGCGGAAGAAUGAGAACCUGUUGGAGACUCCUCUACAUCGUACCAGCAGCGGCAGCUCGUCCAGUUCAAGCACGCCCAGCUCCCAGCCCGGCUCCCAGAGCGGAUCCCAGAGCAGCUCCCAGCCCGGCUCCCAGAGCGGAUCCAACGAACGCAACCAAAUCCGAGGAACAGGGAAGCCUGAAGGAUCACCAGUGCUGCCUCAUGAGAGCUCACGAGUGAAACCAGAAGAGGGACGUGAGUUGACGAGGCCAGGGAGACCUGCUGACUUGACAGCUUUGGCCAAAGAAUUGCGGGAGCUACGCAAUGAAGAGUCAUCCCGCCCACCUAUUAAAGUCACCGACUACUCUUCUUCCAGUGAAGAGUCGGAAAGCAGCGAGGAAGAGGAGGAGGAGGAGGAGGAAGAAGAAGAUGCAGAAAAUGAGACGCAGGACGGGACAGUCCCAGUCAGUGAUAUUCCCAGGAUAAUGCCAACCUCUGCGCCAGGCAGCAGUGAGCAGUAUAAUGAGGAAUAUGGCGUGGGACUAGUGGGCAUGCAAGAGGGAGCUUUGCCAUCUGAUCUCUACAGCAACACUUCAGGAGACGGAACCCUGAUUAUCCGAGAGACUUCUGGUGACAAAAAGCGGACUGGUCAUGUUGACAGUAAUGGCUUUGCCAGCCACACCAAUCUGCCCGAUCUGGUGCAGCAAAGCCAGUCUCCUGCCACCACACCAACCGAGGCAAUUGGCCGAACCACAACUCAACUCGCUCAGGAAAAGGACUCCGCAGCUGGGUAUGGCCGGAGCACUGGCACCAAGUCAUCCUUCACUCCGUUUGUGGACCCAAGAGUAUUUCAGACAUCACCAAGCGGCAGUGAAGAAGAGUCAUCGGCAGCGGCAAUGUUCUCCAGUGAGAUGCUACGACAGGAACAGGCAAAGCUGAACGAAGUUCGGAAAAUCUCUGUGGUAAACGUGAACCCAACAAACAUCCGGCCGCAUAGUGACACCCCAGAGAUCCGGAAAUACAAGAAACGAUUCAACUCUGAAAUACUCUGUGCCGCGCUGUGGGGAGUGAACCUAUUGGUGGGCACCGAAAACGGUUUAAUGCUACUGGAUAGAAGUGGCCAGGGAAAAGUUUACAACCUCAUCAAUCGCAGGCGUUUCCAUCAGAUGGAUGUGCUGGAGGGACUCAACAUCUUAGUGACUAUAUCUGGGAAGAAGAAUAAAUUAAGGGUGUAUUACCUGUCCUGGCUGAAGAAUAGGAUAUUGCACAAUGAUCCUGAGGUGGAAAAGAAGCAGGGUUGGACCACAGUUGGCGAUUUGGAGGGCUGCGUACACUACAAAGUUGUUAAAUACGAGAGGAUUAAGUUUCUCGUGAUCGCUUUGAAGAACGCAGUGGAAAUUUACGCCUGGGCACCAAAGCCUUAUCACAAAUUCAUGGCCUUCAAGUCUUUUGCAGAUCUUCAGCACAGACCAUUGUUGGUUGACCUGACGGUGGAAGAAGGGCAAAGGUUAAAGGUUAUCUAUGGGUCUCACACUGGUUUCCAUGUGAUUGAUGUCGAUUCAGGGAAUGUCUAUGACAUUUAUAUACCAUCACAUAUUCAGGCCAACAUCACACCUCAUGCUCUAAUCAUUCUCCCGAAAACUGAUGGGAUGGAGAUGCUGCUCUGUUACGAGGAUGAGGGGGUUUAUGUCAAUACCUAUGGGCGAAUCACCAAGGACAUUGUGCUGCAAUGGGGCGAGAUGCCCACGUCUGUUGCCUACAUCCAUUCCAGCCAGAUAAUGGGCUGGGGCGAGAAGGCCAUUGAGAUUCGGUCAGUGGAAACGGGACACCUUGAUGGUGUUUUCAUGCACAAGAGAGCUCAGCGCUUAAAGUUUCUUUGCGAACGGAAUGACAAGGUUUUCUUUGCAUCCGUACGUUCGGGUGGAAGUAGCCAAGUCUUCUUCAUGACCCUGAACAGGAACUCGAUGAUGAACUGGUAACUAGACGGAGAGCAACGCAUUCUUUUCCAGACUGGCACUGACACCAUGGACAUCGACAAUUUAGAGUGAUUUCUAACUUUUCAAGGAAAAUGCCUCUUGAUGUCACGGAUAUAAAAGGACUAAUGCAAUAUAACAAACCCUGUGUCGCGUAUCUUGAGAUGAUAGUGAUGAUGAUGAUGAUUUUUUUUUUAGUCCCGGUAAACUUUGUGGCGACCGUCUCUGAGGGAAGACUCUCAGCAUCGAGACCAGCUGUGCAGACUUCUUAGGGUCAGGUGUCCUGAAGAGUGUGGGUUGUUUUCCCGUAGGCACCGUCUCACCAGAACAGAAUAGAGAGAGAGAGAGAGAGGGUAUAGUGCUUCUGAUCUACAGGGUAGGGGAGAGGGCAGUGAGAUCAGGCUCGGGCAGGGGGAUGCGGCUGGUAUCAGCGGGUGAAUGAACCCAUACCAUUUUUUUCCAAAAAUUUUAGGUUCCUUGGAAGCAUUAGAAGCAAGGGCCUGGUGUGGGAUAGGAAGGGGCUGUCAAUAUUGAUCAUUCUAACCAUGGAGUAAAGGUUUUACUCAUAACAGGGGGAAAAAAGAAACUUUUAAAAAAGGGUGAAUGACUAUUCAUUUCAAAGCUGAUGGAACAGCAUAACAAUUCUAUCGUUAGUUUAGUGGGAAAGCGCAGUUUGUAGCUGGGCGGCUUAAUUCGCAGGAGUGAAUUCACACUUGGACUACUAGUGUUAAGCUCAGGGCCUAUAGUCAGUUACUGGGUUUCCUUCAGAUCGUUGGUAUUUCAUCCGAGGAACUCCUCUGUGGAUCUUAUUCCUGUUGAACUGACGGGUCACCAAUGAUUCCACAAUGUCAGUUUGUGAGGAAACGAUGAGAAAGUGGGGCAUUUCCCUUUGGCCAAAUGUCAUUUUUGGAAGGGGUUAGAGAGAGGGAGAGGAGAAAAAGGAUGAGGGAAGGUGGGAGGGUAGAUGGAGGGUAGAAGGUGGAGGGAGGAGAAGAGGCGAGAGGGAGAGAGAGGGGUACUGGAGGGAUAUUUUGGAGAUAUAAUAUUUGUGAGUGAUGUGAAAGGGGUUGGUGCCAGGUUUAACACUUUUUAAAAGUGCCAACCAAUGAGAGCGUUACAAAUAUCUCCUCCACAAUGCCCCCUCCCCCCACUAACACACACCCCACAGGGCUCCAGUCCUGAACAUAUUCCAAUGGCCUCAAGAUGGUGCGGGAAUAUCCCGCAAUUUUUAUUUUCUUUAUUCGCGAGAUGUGGUCAUCGCUGGCAAGACCAACAUUGGUGCCCACCCCUAAUUGCCCCUGAAUUGAGUGGCUUGCUAGGCCAUUUCCGAGGGCAGUUAAGCAUCUACCACGUUGCUAGCACAAAGGGCAGACCGAAGGUUGGCAUAUCAGCACCGAGGAACUGGUCACGUUUGUUACUCAGCUCACAUGUGUCCAGCCUCAAAUCACUUUGGGUGACCUUUUGUUUGUUUUGAAAAUGCAAACGCCAAAAAACAAGAAAUUGAUUUCUGCAUCAUGAAUUAUCCCAGAAGGGGGAAAAAAAAACGUUCAAAAUGUUCAGAUCCCGGGUAAUUUCAGUAAUACUGGCAGUAGUGAGACUGGAGUUCGAUUUUAAGGUA